UGUUAUCUGGCUCAGAAUCACAAUACCUGUGAAUUCAAAGGGAGGCAAAUGCUGAUACUGCUCCUCACAAACUGUUCCUAUCUCAAUGUCUUUGUUGCAGGUGAACUGUUCCUGCUUUCAAGUGUGAUUUUCCUGCUCCAGGUGGUCUCUGGCUGUCCAGAGAAGUGCCGCUGUCGCUCAUCUUCAAGCUUUGUAGACUGCAGUCAGCAGGGUCUCGUUGAAAUCCCUUCUGAUUUGCCUCCUCAGACUCUAACACUGCACUUACAAGAUAACCAGAUACACCAACUUCCUGCUUUUGCAUUUAGGUCAGUGCCACAGCUCACGACCUUAAACUUGUCCAACAAUUCUCUUUCAAAUCUGGCUCCUGGAGCUUUCCUUGGACUUCAGCACUUACGGGUUUUAAACCUCACGCAGAACUCGCUGCUUUCCCUGGAAAGCAGACUUUCCCAUUCCCUGCCGCAGCUGAGGGCGCUUGAUUUGUCGUCAAACAACAUCAGCCAUCUUCCCACAUCCCUGGGUGAGCCUUGGGAGAACCUAACCAUUUUUGCAGUUCAACAAAACAAGCUUCAGCAGCUCCACAGAGCACUCCUAGAAUCCAUGCCCAACGUGAGGUUUCUAUUUCUCAAGGACAACCUCUGGAAAUGCAAUUGCCACUUGCUUGGUCUUAAACUCUGGCUGGAGAAAUUUAUCUUUAAAGGUCAGUAAUGUCUAUUUAGAAGCCCCCAUCUGUGUGU